AUGAGUGGGAUCCUGAAGAGGAAGUUGGAGGAAGGUCCCUCCCCGUACCUGUCGCUGCUCGGCUCCGAAGACGAAGAAGUGUCGUGUAGCGACAGCGGCAACAGCAGCGAUAGCGUGAAUAACCCCAUCCUCGGCUCGUCCUCUCUCCACCAGAGGCCAAAGCGACUGCGGGGCCGCAGCGUGCACUUUGAGAGCGUGACAGUUUACUACUUCCGCCGCCGGCAGGGCUUCACCAGCGUGCCCACGCAGGGCGGCAGCACGCUGGGCAUGUCGCCGCGCCACAGCUGGGUGAAGCACUUCACCCUGCGGGAGUUUGCCAUGGAGCAGGCCAGGAGCCACCGCAACAUGCUGAGGGACCACCUCAAAGAGGAGAAGCUCAACGCCAUCAAACUUAAACUGACGAAGAAUGGCACCAUGUCAUCGGUGGAGGCGGACGCCCUGACGCUGGACGACAUCUCGGAGGACGACCUGGACUUGGACAACACGGAGGUGGACGACUACUUCUUCCUGCAGCCUCUGACCACCAGGCGGCGCCGUGCCUUGCUGCGCUCUUCGGGGGUCCGCCGCAUCGACGUGGAGGAGAAACACGAGCUGCGGGCCCUCCGAGUGUCCCGGGAGGAGUGCGGCUGCCACUGCCGCGGGACGUGCGACCCGGAGACCUGUGCCUGCAGCCUGGCUGGCAUUAAGUGCCAGGUAAAUGGAGCUGUGGUGGACCGCAUGUCCUUCCCCUGUGGCUGCACCAAGGAUGGCUGCAGCAACACCACGGGUCGCCUCGAGUUCAACCCGGUCCGGGUGCGCACACACUUCCUGCACACCAUCAUGAAGCUGGAGCUGGAGAGGAGCCGCGAGCAGCAGCAGCAGCAGCAACAGCAGCAGCCAGAGACAGAGACGGAGCAGCCUCUCGUAACCAAUGGCAACUGUUACCAUGGAGACUCCUCUUUGGUCCAGCAGCAGCCGAACCUGCAGUUCCCACUGAUGAACGGUGUGCCGCAAAUUCCCAUCAUGCACCUCCAGAACGCGAACAACAUGGAGACACAUAUAGAUGAGGAAGAAGAGGAGGAGGAUGAUGAUGACGAGGAUGAUGAUGAGGAGGAGGAGGAAGAAGAAGAUGAAGAUGAUGAAGCUUAUGAGGAGGAUGAGGAUGGCAGUAGUCUAUGCAGUGGGCUCUCAGACUGCAGCACACACAGCUUAGAGACGAUCGAAACUGAGGAGGAGGAGGAGGAGGAGGAAGAAGAGGAUGAAGAAGAGGAUGAUAGGGAGGAAGAAGAGCCAGACGGGGAGUGUUCAGCAGACAGAGAGCGUCCUCCGCUGUAUUCACACACAGAGCUCGUGCCGCUCUCUUCUGCACUCGGGUUCUGUGAUACCACACACAUCAAACUCAGCGACCCCUGUCGCAACACCCACCCAAUGGAGCGUUAUCAACCGGAGGACUCAGUAAAUGAGAUACCCAUACGUAUCAACGAGGAAGAGCGCAACGUCCCGUCACUCACCACAGCAGAGAUCACAGAGUCUAAAGCUACUGAUGGAGACUGCAAACAAACAGAUGCACAAAGCAGCACCCACUAUCUUCCCAACGCCACAGAAUCACAGGGACUUACAACUUAUUCACAUCUAGCUACUGAAGGCAACAAUGCCCCCAUUGGUAAGACCGAUGAACAAACACCCUUAACAGACCUCCAGAUCCAGAACAAUCUAAAUGAUAAUGGCUCCCAAAUUCAAGCUGUGCCUGCAGAGCAAGCAGGGGAAAAAAUAAGGGAACAGCAAAAAGGGCUGCAAGGUCAAAGACAACUGUUGGAAAACCAGGAUGGGCCCUUGGAUGACAGUGCUCAGAAGCCUGAUCAAAUAAGGGACCCCUCAUGUUUAGAGCAAAACACUAUCUGA